GUUUUUAAAGCUUAACUUGAAAAGCCAGAGUCAUGCAGGAGAGUCUAGUGGGACUAAUCAACACUUGCAGACAUUAAAAAAAAAAAGGAAGAUUCUGAUUGAACCCAAUCAUGAAAGCUUCUUGUUACUUUCUGUAUUACUCUGUUAGUCUCCUCUCUUGAGUCUUUCUCCUUUUUGACUUCCGAUAGGUGCUGAGGAGGAGGAGAAUGGAGAAAUAAGAAAUCCAGAGAAAAGCGCGGAAGAUUAUGGGGAGAAUAGAUUUAGCUUUUCCAACAGAACUCACGACGACUGACACCAGGUUGGAGAAGGUGAAGAGAAUCUUCCAGGUAUUCGACCUGAACAAGGAUGGCUGUCUGAACCGGGACGAAAUGGCUGCCCUGGUGGUGGCUGUAAACCCCAGGGUCAAGUUCAGCAACGACCAAGUUGACGCCAUCAACAACGAGGUUUUCCUAACCUACGCCCCGUUCAUCCAUGGUGAAAAGGGCCUGACGAUCGAAGGACUAUUGUGCACCUACGACGAUGGUGCCGGUGACAUUGACCGUGACUUCGACGCCCUUGGCCUCGACCUCAACACACCCGUCCCCGACGCUGUGGGGGGUUCAUCGAAGCCCACGACUAUCCGUACCAGAUUGGAGAAGGUGAAGAGAAUCUUCCAACGAUUCGACGCGAACGGAGAUGGCGGUCUGAACCGGGACGAAAUGGCUGCCCUGGUGGUGGCUACAAACCCCAUGGUCAAGUUCAGCACCGACCAAAUUGACGCCAUGAGCAACGAGGUUUUCCGAACCUAUCCCCAGUUCAUCCGCGGUGAAAAGGGCUUGACGCUCGAGGGACUAUUAUGCACCUACGACGAUGGCGCCGGAGACAUGGACCGUGACUUCGAUACUCUUGGCCUCGACCUCAACACCCCCGUCCCCGACGAUGUGGGGGGUUCAUCGAAGCCCACGACUAUCCGUACCAGAUUGGAGAAGGUUAAGAGAGUCUUCCACCGAUUCGACGCGAACAGGGAUGGCGGUCUGAACCGGGACGAAGUGGCUGCCCUGGUGGUGGCUACAAACCCCAUGGUCAAGUUCAGCACCUACGAAAUUGACGCCAUGAGCAACGAGGUUUUCCGAACCUAUGCCCGGUUCAUCCAUGGUGAAAAGGGCUUGACGCUCGAGGGACUACUAAUCUCCUACGACGAUGGCGCCGGAGACAUUGACCGUGACUUCGAUGUUCUUGGCCUCGAUCUCAACCACACGGUAGUGUUCCAUGAAACUUAUAAGUUUCUGGACGAUCUUGAUAUUUUGAUUGGAAAGUUGAAAAAACCGAAACAAGCCAAAGAUGGGAAGAUUAAGAAAAUUGGCAAUAAUUCAGAUAAAAUUUCCCAGCCGCAGAUGUCAGAUAAGAAAGUAAAUUGGGAGGAGUCAGGUCAAAAUUAUACUGUUUUCGUGAAGGAUUUGGUUGAUUUGAGGUCAAGGGCCGAUAAGAAUGGCUCGAGGGAAGAGGCAUGUGAUCGGCAUAUGGCGAUCGGAAGAGUUAUAUAUGAUUACCGUUUCCAUAACGAGGCUUUGAUCAGUUUCAGGAGAGCUUUGGAGCUGCAGCCAACAAAUGUGGUCGCUCAUUUUCGAGCUGGGAAUUGUUUGUAUGAGCUUGGUAGGCAUGGGGAGGCAAAAGAGGAGUUUUUGCUGGCAUUAGAGGCCUCAGAGGUAAAUUUUAGAGAUUUGGAGUACUUAAUUCCUCAGAUACAUGUGAAUCUGGGACUUGUGCUUGAAAAUGAAGGAAUGGUUUUUAAUGCUUGUGAUCAUUAUAGAGAGGCAGUUAUUUUGUGUCCAACUCAUUUUAGAGCUUUGAAACGAUUGGGGAGUGCACUUGUUGCUGUAGGCGAGUAUGGGGCAGGCGUUGUAGCUUUAGAGGAGACUGUAUUUUUGAACAGAGCUUAUGUCGAUGCAUUCUAUGAUUUGGCUUCAGCUUUAGUCGCUAUGGGUGACGAAGAGAGGGCAAUUAUGGAGUUUUAUAAGGUUCUUGAAUUGAAACCUGGACAUGUGGAUGCUCUGUACAAUUUGGGUGAGCUUUUCAUGGAUACGGGUAGAUAUCCAAGAGCUUUUGAGAUGUAUACUCGGGUAUUAGCAGAGUUGCCGAAUCAUUGGAAAGCCCAACUUAGUAAGGCAGUAUAUUUGUUUGGAAAAAAUGAAAUUGAAGAAGCUAAGCAAGCUUUGAAAGAAGGUUUGAAAAUGGUGAAUGGAGUUGAAUUGCAUGAUCGCUUAGCAUACUUGAAGCAGCUCCAGAAGAAGAGGUUGAAGGGGAAAGAAGGUGGCUUUGGGGAGGGAGCCUAUAUAAUUGUGGAACCAUCGAAGUUCAGGAUGGCAGACGACAGUACUACUCUUAGGUUGGAACUAGCUAAUGCUCUUCAUAUCCGGGCUUUUCAAAGGACUACUGGACUGAGUCGAUGUGAUGUUGAUCUUAUAAAGAAGCAAAUUAAUGAAUACUCUCUUCCAGAUUCUGAUUCUGGGAGCAUUUUUGCAGAAAGAUCCAUCCGCAAGGCCUCCCUAGAGGGGAUUCUCCGUGAAUUACUUAGUUUUUUGAAGCCUGAGACCUUCGUAGGUUCCGUUAAAGCAAUAAACAAGAAAAUUCUCUCUGUUUUUGAUGAAGUUUAUACAGGUAACAUCGAUAUAGACUUGUUUUUCGCUGUUAUUGCCCCUCUUUGCAGCAGUCCCCUGGAGAGGAGAAAAAGGGUAGCAUAUCAUGCGCUUCUAUGCCGGCCUGGCAAUGAAGGUAGCAGCAAAAUAAAGAAAAGUGAUGCUCAAAGGUACAUAAAACUGUUGAGGGCCAUCUACAUCCCUUCUUUUGGUGUUAAUGAUAUUCUCGAAAUAGACGACACCAAUGAAUCAAUGGUUUCUUUGACAGAGUUCCUGGCAAUGUUUGAUGAUCCGGAUAGGGGUUUUGGUAUCAUUUCCACUCUGUUGAAGCUAGAAACUGGGAAAAGGAAUGGUAGCUAUGUUUGUGCAACCUGCCGUUCUGCAAUCAUUGGUUCUCGCUUUAAAGAGAUGGAAUCCCACUUCAGUCUCUGUGGCCAGUGCUACAGCGAAGGAAAAGCGCCUUCCACCAGUGAACAAGAAGAGUACGCAUUCAGAGAGUAUGCCAACUGAAGCUGAAGUAGUGAAGGAUGAUGCAUAUGGGAGGGGAAAAAAAUUCACAUUUUUGUGUAAACUCUCAUUAAUUAUUUCAUUUUUGCAGUAGAGACGGUAAAAAUUUAUGAUUCAAUCAAAACUGUAACAGUUUA